UAAGUUUUGUGAAUACGGCCGUUAGUAUUUAGAGGGAACAACAAGCCGAUUGAUUGCGGGUUUGGGUGUAUGGCCUGUUCCUGUUGCCUUUUUAUUCUUCAGCAGCUCAAUUAUCCUAUAGAGAAACCCAUCCAGUUAUAUUCGAACGAUGCAUUGGACUUAUGAAACCACUAUUCUAUGUAUCUGUUGGUCUAUCCUCAGGAAUCACACUGUACAUUGUUACGCCGAUAUAUAUUAUUCUUAAGAAUAAUCUAUCUAUUGACUCGCCCAAUAAGCCUUUACCAUACUAUAUGCUAUUCCCGUACGACCAUCAAAUACCAGCCUAUUAUUACCCCACGUUUGCUUGGUGUGUCUACCUUGGCUAUAUGGCUAUUUUACAAUCAUGUGCAAUGGAUGUGCUAUUCUCGCAUUUUGUCAGUUUUACCUGUGGCCAAUUUGAACUACUACAUGGUCGAAUAGUUCGUCUUAUUCCGGACUGCCAUGAAGAGUGGCGUAAGAGUUAUGGUAACAAAUGCAACACAAUGGAUUAUAAGACAUCACUUGAACAACUACAGAUGAUUUACAACACGCGUUUGCAUCAAAUAUCGGUAGAUCAUAGCGAGUUGCUAAGAUAUUGUGUGGAUUUGGAAAAUCUCUAUGCAUUUCCGUUGAUGGCUAAUAUGUUGGUAUCCUCGUUGAUUAUCAGUUUUGGUGGUUUUCAGCUGAUUAUAUCCGGACAAAAUUCAAUAGUUAACUUUGUACGCUUUCUUCUAUAUCUCGUAUCGGUAUCUAUACAACUCUAUGCAGUUUGUUAUUUGGGUACAUCGCUUAUAAGUCUGUCUACCAAAACAGCCCAUUACUUGUCCAUGUGCAAUUGGGAGGGUGGAUUUAUAUCGAGGAACUCUCCUUUGAUUGACGAAUCUGAUGUGAUGGAAGCGCAUUGUCUUAACCAAAAACAACCCUUAUGGAAACACAUAGACUAUCCAUCAUCGGAUGUAAAUUUUCGUCGCAAGCUUAGUUUUAUGAUUUUGCGCAGCAAUCGUCCUGCAAAAUUGACUGCUAUGAAAUUUGCCGAAAUCUCAUUGGAGACAUUUAAUCAGAUCUUAUCCACAUCGGUUUCAUUCUUUGCUGUUUUGAAAACCUUCAUGGACAGAAUUGCCUAAGCUGUGGUCAUAAAGAGCAAUAAACUAAUGCAAAUGAAAUGAAAUGAUAUUUACUCAGAUAUUAACAUUUUAAGGCUUAUUAUCGAUGUUUUUUAAAUUAUUCUCCACAUAAAUGUGAAUAAACUACCAACCAAUUAUAA